AUGCGUAUCUCACCAACUGUUGAUCUAUCACCCUCUGCUCUCCAAACUUUAAUCCACUUAAUGUUGGCCCAAGCACAAGAAUGCGUGUGGCAAAAAGCUGCUAUGGAUGGUCUUCGAGACGGAACUAUUGCUCGCCUCGCUCUCAAAAUUGCUGAAUACUAUAAUACAGCUGUUGAGUUUGCUUCAAAUUCUUCUUUGCAGGCACUUUAUUCUCGUCACUGGAUCAUACAUAUGCAGAUCAAAUCAAAUCAUUUCACGGCUGCUGCACAAUUCCGAAAAGCUAGUGAAUGCAUUUCUCAGGAUAAGUACGGAGAAGAAAUAGCUCGGUUGCAAUUAGCAUCUGAUGUAGUGAAGAAGGCCUUUCACCUUAUAUCAUCAUCAUCUGCUGCUGCAAAAGAAAUACCUAAGCCUGUGAUUAACGAUUUAAAGAGUCUACAGCAAAUCAUUGCGACCAAUUUAGCGAGAGCAGAAAAGGACAAUGAUGUGAUAUAUUUAGAAAAGAUACCAUCUGUUUCUGCUUUACCCAAGAUUUUAAAAACGGAAAUGGUAAAACCGGUUCCACCUGCUGAGGUCGCAGAUCCAGUCUUAAUUAUUCAUCAACAGCAACAGCAAGAGCAAUCGCAAAUAACAAAAGCACCACAUCCAGUAAUAGGAUUGCCGUUGUUCCGAAAACUUGUUCCGUUCGCUGUUCAUCAAGCAGCGAGUGUGUAUAUAGAUCGGAAAGAAAGACUAAUUAAAGAAGAUAUUAUUGCCAAACUAGAAGAGUUGACUAUUGUAUACCAUAGGUCUGCUACCGAAAAAAAUGCAUCGAAACCAUCUACUUUGCCAGAUUACAUUUUGCAACAAGCAGCUGAAGUCAGAAGUGAAGGAGGUUCGCAAAUAUUAUACGAAAUGUGGGAUCACGUUCAAGCUGCUGCUUCCAAGAACUCCGAUAUACUAGAGGAGGCUUUUAAUGCAUUGGAUGAAGAAUACGAGGUCGAUGAGAGUUAUCGAUCUAAAUAUACGAAUGAGUGGAAACGCCCUGAAUCACUUGUACUCACACAACAAUUAACAACGCAAGGUCAAAAGCAUCGUGAAACAAUAACAGCUGCUCAGAAAGCUGACCUAAUUGUGAGGAAUAAAUUGGACACAUGGGCUAAUAUUAUUGAUGUCCUCACACUACCGCUUGAAGAUUUGGAAAAUUCAAUACCCAGUGCUUCCCCAUCCAUAAGAGUCGAAACUGCACAAGAAGAUUCUCAGAAACUCGCCCUAGCACGGAUCAAGACAUUGACAGACAAUAUGAACCAACAUAUUAGAUUACGGAAAAAUACCAUUGAACAAGCUAAGAAAGCUUCCAACGCUGAUGAUAUUUCAACUUCAUUAAUAAAGAAAGCAGAUGAACUCACAGCUCAAUCUCCUCUCAUUAAAAUUGAAGCAGCACAAUUUGAGGAAUUAUUCAUUGAAGAGUUGCGUAAAUACGACAAGUUUUUAUUGACAGUUGAUGAAGAAGAUGAAGCACAAAGCGAAAUAAUAAAGCAAUUGAAUGAAGCUUAUAAGCAAUUUCAAACAGCAGCAAGUAAUGGUAAAAAUUUUGCUGUUGGCAGCGCAGAAAGUAUCCCUAUCGACAGCAAUUUACCGAUGGCUAAACGAGAGAAGGCAUUGCAAAAUCUAAGCCAAGCUUACUUAAAGUUUAAAGAAAUCAAAACAAAUUUGUCAGAAGGUUUGAAGGUAACCUUAUAA